AUGCCACAAAGCAUCCGCUCCAUCCUGGGUAAAACCCGCGUGGCCAAGGCCAAACCCGCGGCCCAACGCACCGCGUCGUCCGCGCACCGCGGGACCAAGCCGCAGAGCAGGCGAAGCGCACGGCACGACGCCCUGUUCCCGGACAAGUUGGAGGACCUGGGCGGCGCGCCCGUGCUGACGGAGCGCGAGGAACUCACCCUGCGAGACGUCGUCCAGGCCAUGCGGUACAUCCGGUCGCGCAUGUUCUCCGCCGUGCCCGAGACGGGCCUCACGUCGACGCGAAGGGCCGAGAUGCUCCGGCGCAGGGCGUCGAUGCCGCCGGUAGUCGCGGCGAGCCACGUGCAGGCCGUGCUGGGCGGCACGGCGCCCGCGCGGGUGGAAAGAGAAAUCGCCGAGCUGGUGGGCAGGGGCGUCCUGCGGAGGGUGAGGGUGGCCAGGCGAGGAGGCGCGGGGGAAGCGCUCGUCGAGACGCGCGACCUGGAGGGCAUGCUCGGCCGGGCGCGAGACGGCGGCGGGCUGUCUGCCGGGGCGAGGGACGCCUUCCUCGACCACCUGCGGCGCAACCCGACGGCGCAGACGGUCGGCUGGGCGGACGGCCUGACGCGCGACCAGGUGGACGAGCUCGUCAGGGCGGGCUUCCUGACGAGCGCUGGCAGCACGACGCCCGCGCCGGGGCCGAGCGCGCUGAGCGCGCUGAGCGCGCGCCCGGAGGACCGCACGACCUUGACGUCGAUCCAGCACGUCUCGCGGUUCGCGUCGGGGACGGCCUCGGCCGUCGGCGGCCGAAACGCCGUCCACCUCGCGGGCGGAGGGGGCGGCAGCGCUGUUUUUUCGGCGGCGCACGGGAGGCCGGAGAGCUCCUCCAGCUGCAGGGUCGCCGUCCCCGGCCACGGGCGCCAUCUCAAGCUGGCGGACGGGGCCGCGGACUGGAUCCGGGACGUCCUGGGCAAGACGGCCUGGGGCGAGGGCCCGGAGUCCUGGCUGAAGGAGCGGUUCGAGGGCAACGGGCUGCGCGGGACGAGGUGGAGGGACUUUUGCGGCCUGGAAUGGGAGUGGCUGCUGGGCCAGGCGGUCGGCCUGGGCGUUGUAGAGGUUUUCGACACGGGCAGCGUCGGACGGGGGGUCAGGGCGCUGGGAGGGUGA